UCCGGUUUACCUGCAUCAGGUGUAUAAAUAAAGAAGAAAAUAAAGAGAACAUCAGCAGUUCUAAACAUGAGUGCUAGGCGUGCAGGGUUAAAGCGUAAAGCUGCAGAACAAGCAGAAGUUAAAGCUAAAAGAGCUAAAGGGGAGACGGAUUUAAGUGACAGUUUAAGGUGGGAUUAUCAUGGAGAAGUUGUGAAAAAUGUAUGUCCACUGUUAACGCUUACAUCCCCAACAUUACCGGGAAGUCAGAAAGCCGCAGGUUUCGAUAUCGAUUUCACUGUGAUUAAAACUGCUAGUGGGAGAAAAUUCGCAACAGGGGCGUCAGACUGGGAAUGGUGGGAUGAAAGUGUUCCAGAUAAAAUAAGAGAGCUUCAUAAAGAUGGAUAUAGGGUGAUUUUCUUUACUAAUCAAGCGGGAAUAGAAAAACUUAAAGUCCAACCAGAAGAACUUCAGCGGAAAAUUGAAGCUAUUAUCAAAGAGUUAGAUAUACCAGUUUUAGCGUUCGUAUGCACCGGGGAGAAUCAUUACAGAAAACCAAGUACUUUGAUGUGGGAAUACUGGGAGACAAAAUGUAACCAAGGAGUAAAGGUUGAUAGGACUAAAUGUUUGUAUGUUGGAGAUGCUGCUGGGAGAGCCAAGGAGUGGGCACCAGGAAAACCAAAAGAUUUUUCUUGUAGUGACAGAAAGUUUGCUGCCAACCUUGGAGUUAAGUUUCAAACCCCUGAAGAAUUUUUCCUUGGAGAGGAUCCAGCGAAAUUUGCAUGGCAGUCAGUUGAUCCAAACACUGUCUUGAAAAAGGCAGAUGUAGCAAGUAAAGAAUACCACAGUAAAUCACCAGAGAUGGUAAUUAUGGUAGGAGCACCAGCAACAGGAAAGAGUACAUUCAGAAAACGUUAUUUUGAACCUCAUGGUUAUAUAGCUGUCAACAGAGACACCAUGGGAACCAUGCAGAAAUGUGUGAAGGCAGCUACUGAGGCUCUGAAGACAGGGAAGAGUGUUGUUGCCGACAAUACUAACCCUACACAGGCAGCUAGGAAAGAAUUCAUCGAUUGUGCCAAGAAAAGUGGUGUACUCUGUCGGUGUUUUGUGAUGGACACUCCCAUUGACCUUGCCCAUCAUCUCAAUUAUGUCCGGCAAAACCAGACAAAAGGCGGUGUUCGACGGAUUCCAGAUGUAGGCUACAAUGUUUAUAAGAAAAACUUUGAAGCUCCAACAAAAGCGGAGGGAUUUACUGAGAUUAUCCAAAUUUCUUUUGUUCCCAAGUUUGACAGUAAAAAGGAUGAAGAAAUAUUCAAACAGUGGACGUAAAACAAAACAUUGUUGAUUACAUUUUAGUUUUGCCUCGACUAUUUGUAAAAAUAAAAGUGUUCCAUUACAGAAUAUCCUGGCAUCAUCAAGAUUUGUUGUGAUAUUGUUUUAAAUGUUUGAUAUUGUUUCUCUCACCUUGUGAUGCUAAGUUGUUAAGCCUUAUAAAAAAGUCAUUCUUCCUCAUCUCUAAAACAAAACAAAGUGGUUCAGUCCAACGACAGCACAUUAUAUUUACUUUAUUUUUCAUCACCUGGAGACAUUUUUCUAAGGUAUUUCACAUACUGUCAUGUACUUUAUACCCCACAAAACUGUAUCUAUUUACAUUUCAAAUAUAUUUUUUAUGAAGUUUUAUUGUUUUAAAUUUGUGAUCAUAUGCAUUUUAUAUCUCAAUUCCUUUAUUCAUAUCAAUUUCCCUGUUUAUUCUUACUAUAAAAAUAAUUGUGAUAUUACAAUCAGAUUGCAAGGUCAACUAACAGUAUAGAUUUACAAUGCUUUUUAAAAUACAUAUCAUUUAUAUACUUUUUACUUGUAAAUAUUUUUCACCAAAGCAUGAUGAAAUGUUAUUUUUUUUUUAUAACAUUUUGCCAUUCUUUUGUUGAAUAUUGUUGAUGUUUUACUAAUACAUGUAAAAUAAAAUCUUUUGCACUUUCA